AUGGCUUCAAAUAAUACUUCACAAAGAAGUGGAUUUUCCUCUUUUUUUUGCCGUUUGAAAACCUACUUUUGUAACCACUUUCUUUGUUUGUUUGUUCUUUCUUUCUUUCCGCUUUCUUUCCGUCGCCUUUGCUUACUUUGCCAUUUAUGUGAGAAAAGUAAUUUGUGGUUAUCUUCAGACAACUCUGCUUCUGUUGUCAAGCAAGAAAGAGAAGUUUUACCAACAAACGUCAAGCCAUUGCAUUAUGAUUUAACCAUUGAACCAAUCUUUGACAAUUUCACUUUCAAAGGGGAAGAAACCAUUGACUUUCAAGUCAACGAGAAAACCAAUUUCAUCACCUUAAACUCUUUGGAAAUUGAAGUUCAAGAAGCCAAAAUUGAUGGUAAAUCUGUCACUGACAUCAGUUUCGACGCUGGCAAACAAACAGUUACUUUCAAAUUUGAUGAUGACUUAAGUACCGGCUCAAUUGCUAAAUUGUACAUUAAAUUUACUGGUGAAUUGAACGACAAGAUGGCUGGUUUUUACAGAGCCUCUUACCAAGAAGAUGGCAAGACCAAAUACAUGGCAACCACCCAAAUGGAACCUACCGAUUGUCGUAGAGCAUUUCCUUCUUAUGAUGAACCUGCAGCAAAAUCUAAAUUCACCAUCUCAUUGAUUGCUGAUAAAGAAUUGGUUUGCUUAUCCAACUCAUCAGAAAAGGAAACUGUUUCUCUUGAUGGUAACAAGAAGAAGGUCACUUUCCAAACCACUCCAUUGAUGUCUACAUACCUUGUAGCAUUUAUUGUUGGUGACUUGAGAUACAUCUCGAAUGACAACUACAGAGUUCCAAUUCGUGUUUACUCAACUCCUGGAACUGAACAUUUAGGUGAAUACUCUGCUAACAUUGCUGCCCAGACUUUGAAAUUCUUCGAUCAACAAUUCGGUAUUGAUUACCCAUACGAUAAAUUGGAUAUGGUUGCCGUACCAAGUUUCAGUGCAGGUGCAAUGGAAAAUUGUGGGCUUGUUACAUUCAGAACCGUCGACUUGUUGAUUGAUGCUGAUAACGCCAAUGUGAACACCAAGCAAAGAGUCACAGAAGUUGUGAUGCACGAAUUGGCCCAUCAAUGGUUCGGUGACUUGGUUACUAUGGAAUUCUGGGAUGGUUUGUGGUUGAAUGAAGGGUUUGCAACCUGGAUGUCCUGGUACGCUUGUAACUCCUUGUACCCAGACUGGAAAGUUUGGGAAUCAUAUGUCUCCGAUUCCUUGCAACAUGCUUUGACAUUGGAUGCCUUGAGAGCUUCUCACCCAAUUGAGGUUCCUGUUAAAAGAGCUGAUGAAAUUAACCAAAUUUUCGAUGCCAUUUCUUACUCAAAAGGUUCCUCAUUGUUAAGAAUGAUUUCCAAAUGGUUAGGUGAAGAUGUGUUUGUCAAAGGUGUAUCUAACUAUUUGAAAAAACACAAGUGGGGUAAUACCAAAACAUCUGAUUUAUGGGAAGCUUUGAGUGAAGCUUCCGGUGAAGAUGUCGUUAAGGUUAUGGAUAUCUGGACUAAGAACAUUGGGUUCCCAAUUGUCAAAGUAGAAGAAAUUGGCAACGGUGAAAUCAAAGUAACUCAAAAUCGUUUCUUGGCUACCGGUGAUGUCAAGGAAAGCGAAGAUAAAACCUUGUACCCAGUAUUUUUGGGAUUGAAAACAAGUGAAGGUGUUGAUGAAUCUCUGGUGUUAGAAACAAGAUCCAAGACAAUUAAACUCCCAACUUCUGAUGAUUUUUUCAAAAUCAACGGUGACCAAAGUGGUAUCUACAGAACUGCAUAUGAGCCAGCCCGUUGGACCAAAUUGGGUAAAGCUGGUGUUGAAGGUAAACUUUCAGUUGAAGAUCGUGUUGGUUUAGUCGCUGAUGCUGGAUCCUUGGCUUCUUCUGGAUUUAUCAAAACAUCUAGUUUGUUGGACUUGGUGAAAUCUUGGUCCAAGGAAAGCAACUACGUUGUCUGGAAUGAAAUUUUGACCAGAAUUGGAUCAAUUAAAGCUGCACUUAUGUUUGAAGAUGAAGCAACCAAAAAAGCUUUGGAAAUUUUCACUAGAGAUUUAAUUAGUGAAAAAUUGAAAGAAACUGGUUGGGAAUUCAGUGCUGACGACUCUUUUGCUGACCAACAAUUGAAAUCUUCAUUGUUUGCUUCUGCUGCAAAUGCUGAAGACCCAGAAGCUGUUGCUUUCGCUAAAGAAGCUUUUGCUAAAUUCAUUGCUGGUGACAAAAAGGCUAUUCAUCCAAACUUGAGAGCUUCAAUUUUCAAUACUAACGCUAAAUAUGGUGACGAAAAAACGUUUGACGAAUUGUACAACAUCUACAGAAACCCACUGUCAGUUGAAGAAAAAAUUGCUGCUUUGAGAUCAUUUGGUAGAUUUACUAAACCAGAGAUUUUGGACAAAGUUACAGGUUUGUUAUUGCAAACCGAUAUUGUCAAACAACAAGAUAUUUAUAUCCCAAUGCAAGGAUUGAGAGCCCACAAAUUGGGUGUUGAAAAAUUGUGGACUUGGUUAUCUGAAAACUGGGACCAAAUUUACAUUUUGUUACCACCUGGAUUAUCAAUGUUAGGAUCUGUAGUCACUUUAGGUACUUCUGGUUUCACUAAGGAAGAACAGAAGAAAAAAGUUGAAGAAUUCUUUGCACAAAAAGACAAUAAAGGUUAUGACCAAAGUUUGGCUCAAUCAUUGGACAUCAUUACUGCUAAGAGUAAAUGGACUGAUCGUGACGCCAAAUCAAUCUAUGAAUGGCUUGAAGCAAACGAAUACACUAAAUAA